AUCAACAGGCCAACAGCGUCGUGUCCAAGGACCCCAAUCGGCCAACAUGGCUGCGCCCGUGGCAGACGCCGGCGAGUUUGAAAAAUGGUUAAAUGAUCGCCUAGAUUCGUUGGAAAUUGAUCGUGAGGUGUACGGAGCAUAUCUCUUAGGAGUCUUGCAAGAAGUGGAAUGCGAAGAAGAGAAAUUAGAAACGCUUCAAGGAAUACUCUCUGCAUUCUUGGAGGGUGACACGCUCGAAGAUGUCUGCGAACAGAUUAUCAAUCAGUGGACGGAACACUGUAAUCGAUCAACUAAGUGCGACGAUGAUGAUGCUGAUGUUCAAGCCAUUGCCAGUCUGAUGGAGAAGCAGGCCCAGAUCGUGGUGAAACCGAAAGAGGUUUCCGGAGACUCCAAGACAAAUAAACAGGCUGUCCUGGCUCAAUAUGCCAAUAUCACAGACGAAGAAGAUGAAGGUAUAGAAGAGGAGGCCACAAGUAAUGCCCAUUUUUCAGGAGGUGAGAAGUCCUUGUUCAAGAACACUAAUGUGGAGCAGGUAUUGAACAGGCAGAAGGAGAAGCGGGAUCAGGCCCGGGAGGACUCUCAGAAGAAAAAGGAAACGGACAAGAUGCAACGGGAGAAGGAUAAACUGGCCAAGGUGGACAGAAAAGACAAGGAGAAAAAGCGCACACAGAAAGGUGAACGGAAAAGAUAAAAAAUACAAAAGAGCACUUCAAGGAUGUUAUUAAGUAAAAUCUGAAAUAAUUCCAGCACUGUUGAUGUCUAUCCUAUUCGUGGUCUGGUUAAUGCCUACAUUUAAUUUGACCCAAUUUGCUAUCUUUUGGUGUAGAGAUACGUUUACCAACUGCCUAUUUCUGUGCUGAUCCUUGAAGAUCUACCAGUAAACAAAUUAUCAGUUCAGAUGAUCACAUCCGUCAGUGUUAUUUGUGUCAUUAAGAUUUAGAUUUUCCCGAUGUUAGGAUCCAGCUCAUACAAAAUGUGUAGUACACUCACUGUGCAUCGAAUGAAAUAAAUACGAUUCAAGGAGAAGUGGGUUUAUAAAUGAUGUACCAAACCUUAAACAUUGGUUGCUUAGUGCCGAUAGCUUGUGAAGAUCCAAUGCGAAUAUCAGAGUUUGCAUGAAGCCAACUGGUGACAUGUUGAGUAUUCAUAACCACUUGCAUUAGAGUUUCAGUCUAUGCACAUCUGUAUGAGAAUAAGAACACGACUACUACUCAAUUACCUCAAACAUUCUGUAAUAUGGUUAAAUGUUUGAACUUUAUUUUAACAAUGAGUUAUUUCACCAACAUUUUAAAUAAAAUAACAUUUUCAACAGAUUAACAGCUUCAGUUUUGUUGAG